CAAAAUCACAGACUCGCUGAGAUCACUAAACCCCACAAGAUACUCGGCGUUGGGGCUUCCCCUCAUUCUCUACUCGAGUAUGUACUUCGAACGAGACAGGGGAAAACCGAGCUAUCCAAAUGAGAACAUCGGCUUCCUUAGUACCGAAGAAGGAACAGUUCCGUCCAGACUUUCCCCACACGCCAUUACUCCAGCCGGCAAUCAAGUACCUUGCAGUCUUGCUUGUCUUAUACAAGCUAAUAUGAGGGGGCGGGCCUUGUUUGUUCUUUCGAUGUUCUAGCAUCAAAACCAUAUUUUACCUAAUUUACACUGGCAUACCACGCCAACGCGCAACUAGCACUGGCAAAAUGGAUAAAGUACGCCAUGCGAUAUAUAUCCAGAGUAGCGGAGAUGACGCUCAUCCGGGGGUAAUAAGAAGCGUGAGGAGAAGCUCGGGGCGUGCCUUAUAUAAUGCUGUCAUGGCCCUUUAUUUUCGUGGCAGUUGACAAGAGACUCAAGGCCAAUUGAGAUGUUACUCAAGCUUCUCCCUUCUCUCGCGCUCUUCAGCGCUGUGUCUGCGCUCGGCCAGAAGCAGACCAUUGGCUUUACGGCUUCACAUGAUGCCUUCCAGCUCUUCGGAUCCUCGCAUGGGAACCAUGCAUCCAGCGGGCAGAUUCUCGUCUCCCCCGAUGACUACUGGGGCGUCCAGAAAGCUGCUGGAGAUCUUGCCAUGGACUUCGGACGAGUAACCGGCACGAACCUAUCUUUGACGGCUUAUGCUGCCAAAACUGCCCAAGCAGUCUACAGGUGGCACGCUCCCACCAGCGACGUCGUCUAUGCAGUUGGCCCGGAACAGCAGAUUCUCGGCCCAUUGUACACCAAAACCAAGGACUACAAGGAUACUGUGAUCAUUGUCGGUACCAUUGGUCACUCGACACUCAUUGACCAGCUUGUCAAGGACAAGAAAAUCGAUGUGUCCAAGAUAAAGGGCAAGUGGGAGAGCUUCGUUAGCCAAGUCGUGAAGAGCCCCCUCCCAGGUGUGCCCAAGGCUUUGGUCAUUGCAGGUUCCGAUGCUAGAGGUUCCAUUUUCGGAAUUUACGACGUCUCGGAGCAAAUCGGUGUAUCGCCAUUCUGGUUUUGGGCCGACACUCCAGCCCAAAAGCACAGUGAGAUCUAUGCCCUCAGCACAGUCAAGGUACAAGGGCCACCAAGUGUCAAGUACCGUGGCUUGUUCAUCAACGAUGAGCAACCUGGCUUAACCAAUUGGGUUAACAACAACUACAAGCCCGGGAAAUACGGCCCAGGGAUGAACCAUCUCUUCUUUUCCACCAUCUUUGAACUCCUACUCCGCCUACGAGCCAACUACCUCUGGCCAGCCAUGUGGAAUGGUAUGUUCAACGUUGACGACUAUGAGAACCAGCCGUUGGCAGAUGCGUAUGCAAUUGUAAUGGGUUCGUCCCACACAGAGCCAAUGAUGCGAGCCACAAACGAAUAUGGUCAUUUUGGACAAGGGGCAUGGCGCUGGGACACGAACAAUGCCAGUGUUCGCCCAUUCUUCGAGUACGGCGCCCAACGUGCCAAGCCAUACAUAAACAACAGUCUUUUCACCAUGGCAAUGAGAGGUAGCGGUGAUACUGCUAUUCCUCUGACAAGAGAUAAGGCCAUCAAGGCUGCCACCGACUCCGUCACAGCCCAGAGAGAAAUUCUCGACGAGCUUCUCGCUGAUGAGGGCAAGACUGCUAAGGAUAUCCCACAGAUGUGGUGUCUUUACAAAGAAGUCCAGGAUUACUUUGAAGGAGGUAUGUCUGUGCCAGAGGAUGUCACUCUCCUGUGGACCGACGACAACUGGGGCAAUGUUCGCAGAGUUCCCGUUGGGGCCGAGAAAGCGCGCAGCGGUGGAGCUGGUAUCUAUUAUCACUUUGAUUACGUUGGAGACCCAAGGGAUUACAAGUGGAUUAACACGAUCAACCUCGCAAAAUCGGUCGAACAGAUGAAGAUAACUUAUGAGAACGGGGCUGACCGCAUCUGGAUCGUCAACGUUGGAGAUCUCAAGGGUCUCGAGAUCCCAAUCAACCAUUACUUCGAUCUUGCUUACGAUAUCGAUCAGUGGGGUUACGACAGCGUCCCACAAUGGCUUAAGCUGUGGGCGGCACGCGAGUUUGGAUCCAAGCAUGCCGAAGCUAUUGGUGCCGUUGCUGAUAAAUAUGGUAUUCUUGCAGCGAGACGCAAGUACGAGAUGUUGAGCCCUGGUACAUACAGCGUCAUCAACUACAAUGAGGCCGAGACUGUUCUUGGAGAGUGGGCUGCCCUGGCCAAAGACGCACAGAAACUCCAUGAUUCUCUCCCAGCUAAUACUCAGGCAUCUUUCUUCGAGACAGUGCUUCACCCAGUCACUGCUGGCUACACAGUUUACAAGAUCUACGUCCAGACUGCUCAGAACGACUUAUAUGUGAAGCAGAGGAGAACCGCAACGAAUAGCAAGGCUCAAGCUGUCUUGACUGAUUUCAAUACCGAUGCUGUUAUCACCAAGCAAUUCCACACUCUUCUUGGUGGUAAGUGGAAUGGCAUUAUGGACCAAACACAUCUUGGUUACGAUUACUGGCAACAGCCAAUGAGGAACUCCAUCCCGCCUCUGGCCUUUGUCCAGACUACGGAGACCUCUGUCGCUGGAAACCUGGGUGUCGGAAUUGAAGGUUCCAACGCCACCGUCAGCGGCGAUGACCAGUACCACGAUAAUGGCAGCGGCACCCUCACUUCUCUGCCUCUCGAGCCAUACGGCCCAAAGACCCGUUAUCUCGAAGUCUUCAGCCGCGGAACCCAAGCUUGCAAAUGGUCCAUCGCCUCUCCAUCCUACCUGAAAGUCGAGCCAUCCAGCGGAACCACCGGCCCCCAACAGGGCAGCGACGUUCGCGCCCACAUCUCCGUCCCCGACUGGUCCAAGGUCACCGUGGCCCAAACCGCGAUCCUGAACUUCACAUCGUCGUGUGACUGGGGUAACUACAACUCCCCCCAGAUCAAGGUCCCCGUCAUUCCCCGCUCGGUCCCAGCUACAUUCGGCAAGGGCUUCGUUGAGUCCGAUCGCCAGGUCACCAUCGAAGCUGUGCACAGCACCAAGAGCACAACCGUCAAGGGAGCCAAGUACGUCACUCUCCCCAACCACGGCCGCUCGCAAGCCGCGGUGUCGCUCAGUCCUGUCACUUCGCCCUCGAUGCCUGCUGGCACCGGCCCAGUCCUCGAGUAUGACUUCUUCACCUUCACUGACAUCGCAUACCCGGCCAACAUCACGCUGUACCUCUCGCCGUCGCUCAACUUCAUGAGCGUUGAUCGUCCGCUCAAGUACGCUGUUGCGGUUGAUGGUGAGGCUCCGCAGACUAUCCAGUUCGUCGGCACUGUCACGAGCGAUCUGUCACCUCCUGGCUGGGGAGCUGCGGUUGCGGAUGCGGCGUGGGGUGUUACCAGUGGUCGCCAGACGACGACUAUGCAUUCUAUCAAGCCCGGAAAGCACACUCUCAAGUUCUGGUCCGUGGAGCCAGGAGUGGUUCUCCAGAAGAUUGUGAUCGAUCUCGGUGGAGUGCGCAAGAGCUACUUGGGCCCGCCAGAGAGCUUCAGAGUUGAUGUGAACAAGGUCGGGAAGUAUGACGGAACGACAUAUCUUUCACAGUGAGAGGGGG